UUUUUUUUUUUUUUUUGUCAUAGUCAGCGUGCAUCACUCAUUCCCCAACACCAAAUCCUUAACGCACUCACACACACACACAACAGCACACAGACACAGCACAACACCCACUUGCCACUUCUUCUUUGUCCUUUUUUUUUUCUCUUUCGAAUUUCUCAAAACAACAAUCUCAUCUCAAACAUUCACACUGUUUCCCUGUGAAACAAACAAAGCUUCUUCUCUCGCUUUUUAGUCUUUUACUUCUAUUGUAACAUCAUCAAAGCCAAAAGUCAUGGAGGAUCUUCCCCAAGGUUAUCGUCCUAACGUUGGUGUCUGUCUCAUCAACUCAGAUGAUCAGAUUUUUGUGGCUUCUAGAUUGAAUGUUCCAGGAGCAUGGCAAAUGCCUCAGGGUGGAAUUGAAGAUGGUGAAGAACCUAAAUCUGCUGCCAUGAGGGAACUUCAAGAAGAAACUGGAAUAGUAUCUGCUGAGAUAAUUGCAGAGGUUCAGAAAUGGUUGACAUAUGACUUCCCUCCUGCUGUGAAGGCUAAAGUCAAUCGUCUCUGGGGAGGUGAAUGGCAUGGACAGGCACAAAAGUGGUUUCUCAUGAAAUUAACAAAAGAUGACAGUGAAAUCAACUUAGCUAAUGGAGAAGCAGACCCAGAAUUUGCAGAGUGGAAAUGGGCAAACCCUGAAGAAGUUAUUGAGCAGGCAGUGGACUACAAAAGACCAACCUAUGAAGAAGUUAUAAGAACCUUCAAGCCUUACUUUCAAGGGAAUGCAAUAUCUGCCAAAUGUAAAUCCACAAAGUGGUGAAUGUUGUUAUGAGUGUGCAUUGUAGUUCAAUCCGAUUUCUUAUCUAAUUUCACUCACUGAGUUUGGAUAGAACUCAACUAUUUGUAAAUGGAUGAUAGUUAGAACUGCCUAUUAGGUACUUGCCUUGUAAUAAUAAGAUAUGUGCAUAUGCCCAAUUUCUUUUCUAAACCUUGCUGCAAGGAUGAUUGUGAACGUGUAUGGAACUGUUCAAUAAAGUAGGAAGCAUCGUGCUACAGAAUAGUGAUCAU